AAUGGUUAUAUUGUUAUUAUCCCAAGGAUUACAAGAUGGCGAAUCGUCUCCCAUUUCUUCACCUUAAGAGACGAGGAGAAUUUUUAUCAUUAAAACCUGUGAUAGGCGAUAUUUUUGGGACGAUAAGUUGUCAUGCUUUAAGGGCAGUUUUCACUGCCUGUAAUUUGAACGUGCGCACGUUUGAUGCUUCACGUUUUAGUCGUGUAAAAUGUUAUAAAAAAAAAUAUUUACCAUUUAAUGUAAAUUUGUUAAAACGUUUGGAAGGCGACUGUUUUGUGAAAGGUAUUUCAACCAGUAGAUCAUGGAAAGAUGAUAAAACAUGUGAUAUCAAUGAUAUUGAAGUUGUGAAUUAUGAAAAUUUUGAAUUUUUACAACAGCUUCGAGAAAGGACUGGUUUUUACAAGAACCAUAAUAUUUUGGUAAUUCAACCAAAUUUUAAAUGGGGUAAAAAUCGAUUUCAUAAGGAAAGUGUUGAUCACAUGUUUGAGGAAGCCUUGAGUCUUGUUCACUCCAUAAGCAGAUGGAAUGUUGUUGAAGGACGUAUAGAACCAAUCAGAAAAUUAGAUCCACGUUACUUUUUUGGAAAGGGCAAGUUGGAUGAAAUAACAAAGCUUGUUGAGUUGCUACAGAGAAAAUGUUCUUUGACAGCUGUGUUUUUGGAUUGCAGCAAGCUUACACGACGUCAGCAUUUAGAGCUGGAACUUUUAUGGAAUGUUAAAGUUUUGGAUCGAUACAGCCUAGUUAUUCAGAUUUUUAAAGAGCGAGCUGUGACUAAGGAAGCAAAAGUUCUUGUAGAACUGGCAGAGUUGAAAUAUAUUAGGUCACGGUUGAUGAUAGAUGACCAAGCACACCAUGAUCAACAGCGUGGUGGUACUUAUUCAUUUUCUGGUGCAGGUGAAACCCACAUUGAAGUAGCACGUAGGGUUUUGAUGAUGCGACAAAUGAAACUAAGGCAAAAACUGGACAUCAUUAGAAAACAACGAAAGUUGAUUCAACAGGAAAGAAACAAAAGAAGAAUACCCAUCAUCUCAGUUGUUGGUUACACAAAUGCAGGCAAGACGACCUUAAUUAAAGCAUUCACUCAUGAUACAAAAAUACAACCAGAAAAUAAGCUUUUUGCAACACUUGAUGUCACAGCUCACCGUUGCAAGUUGCCAUGUGGAAUGACGAUCAUUCUUGUUGAUACAGUUGGUUUCAUCUCUGAUUUACCAAAUGAACUGCUAGAGUCAUUUUCUGCCACAUUACAAGACAUCCUUAACUCGGAUCUUAUUCUUCAUCUGCGUGAUUCAAGUCACCCAGAAUUCGAAGCGCAAAAAUUUCAUGUUCUUGAAGCAUUAAAAAGGCUCAAAUUACCAACAUAUUUAAUGGAAAAUAUUGUUGAAGUGAACAAUAAAAUUGAUUUAAGAGAUCCAUUGACAUGUAAUAGUUUCAUAGAUGGCAAGAGCUUUAAUGUGUCUGCGAAAUACGAAAUGGGCUUACAGUCAUUGUGGAAUGCCGUUCAAGACAUGCUGUUUAAAAUAACUGGGCGAGAAAUCAUGACAUUAUCUAUUCCACAGGAUGGACUUCAUCUAAGCUGGUUACAUCAUGAAGCUACCGUUUGCCAAGUUGAAAGUACAAAAAAUUGUAAAUUGAACGUUAAUGUUGUAAUGGACGCGUCAACCAUUAGAAAAUAUAAAGCAAAAUUUGAAUAACUUC